UGUUAUUCCAUUUCUAGGUGUCGCUGGCCAUCUUCUUCGCUCCUUCUCUCCUUUCACCUUUGUCGCAGCUUGCCGCCGCCGUGGUCCGAUCUGUUUGUACGGUGCCUACCUCCGUCUCCUCUUGCUCCCUAUGUACCAGCCAACUUCUGACUCAAUACCAGAGGCAAAAAUACAAUUGGAAAAGGGUAAAGCCUCAAGCUCCAUAUUUCAUCAUGUCGGAGAGCAUUGCACAAUCGUAUCAAGAGUGUGAUGAGAGAACCGGAUCAAUUCAAUCUGUUUGGGUAACGCGAUGGGUUGGAUCCGGUCAAAAUUCCACAUCACAAGGCUUCCGUGCUCCUAACAAUCCUUUUGAGAGCAAGAAGAAAAUCGAUGAAGUCGAACUUCAGAGUGCUGGAGAGUUAAGAAACAUUGGAUCUCAAACUCGUCAAGUUGUGAACCAGAGUUUCAGAGCAUUUUCUGGAAACUUUAAAGUAGAAAGCUCUCAUCACUCGGCCACUAUGUCAAUGGUCAGUAGAAAUGAGUUGCCUCUUAGGGACUGUCAAGAACCUCGUGAAUGUCUUUCCUUUAAGCCUCAUAAUGAGCCAAACACUACUUCUGCAACUGCUAUCUCAUCUGGGAAGAACUAUUCCGAGUCAGAAGCCUCACUUCAGAAUCCUAUCAGACGCGUGAAACCUCAUUCUUUUUUCAGACAUAGCCACACUGUUGCAUCAGUGCCUACUGUUGGCAAUUGCAUUGAAUCCGUUUCGCAUAUUGUUCCCUAUAGAUUUGGUUAUGGAAAGCUUAAAGAUGAUCCCACCCUGACUGAGAUGCCAUUGCUAAUUGAUAGAGUUUCUAAAAGCCAUCUACCAAACAGUAGCCGAGUGCUUGGAGAUAAACAUAACCAUGAAAGCCAGAUGGAAAGUGGAAGGCAAUCUCUGAAAGUGAACGGGGACUGGUUCCAGAAGUUGCAGAAUGGGUCUCGUUUGGCAGAGUUCCAAAGCAAUGAUGCUUCUUUAGAAGCAACUGAACCAAACAAGACACUAAAUAAUAUAUGCAUGCCGGAAGAGCUCCCUCACUCCUUGCAUGACAUGAAGACAAUGAGAAUACGCACUACUGUGGAUUCUGUUGUGGGAUUAAAGGGUUGUUACCCUAGAUUCUCUCAAACAACACACAGUUUGUUAAUUAUGAAUGAAUCCGAUGUGAAUAUCUGCAAACAGAAUCAAACUGUUGGUACUUCAAGAGCAUGUAAUGAGUUCAAUAAACGAAUAUUCAGCAGUUUAGACAAACUGCCUUCCGCUUUGAGUCAGAAGCAGCAAGGUGUAAAGCUUCGGCUUCUGGAUAGCUGCACCGCCAGUGAACUUGAAGAAGACGUUGGAGUUGUUGAGCCUUUAGAAGUUGAUGCAAAGAAUGAAUCGUCCGCUGAAACUGAUGCCAUGGAUUUUGAUGCCUUUCCAGGAAAUACCCAGCUCUUAGGUGUUAGUUCUUCCUCACUAUUUAAAAAGGUACAAUACCUUAUCCUUCACUUCUCAUGAAUAGCUUACCGCUUUAUUCUCCAUAUACCCAUCACUUUAAAGUCCAUUCAAAACUCAUAAAAUAUUAAAUGAGAAAAUAGGGAGGAAUUGAAGAAGAACAUUGGAAUUAUUGGAAGAAAACGAUACAAAAAUU